AUGAGUGUAAAAAGAAAAAAUCAGGCCAGGGAAGGUACUCCUGACGAGGAUUUGGAGGAGUUUAGCGAUUACUCAGAAGGCGAUGCUUAUGAUGAUGAUUUGUACACUCCUACUGCGAGAGUUCGAGCAUCUUCUACGAAUAACUCCAAAAAUAAAAAUGCAGAUCGAAACACUCAGCAAGUACCCACGGGUAUUUCUUCUAUGUUUGGACAAAAUGACUUUUCGGCUCUUUUAGGUUUGAAGCUUGAUCAUCAAGCAAGACCUCUGUGGAUUAAUCCAGUUGAUGGAAGAAUUAUCUUAGAAGCUUUUUCUCCUUUAGCAGAGCAGGCCAUUGAUUUCUUAGUCACAAUAUCAGAACCUGUUUCACGCCCUGCAUACAUUCACGAGUACAGAAUCACUGCUUACUCUUUAUACGCAGCAGUCAGCGUUGGUUUGAAAACAGAGGAUAUUAUUAGUGUUCUUGAUCGCCUUUCCAAAACUCCGAUCCCUCAAUCCAUCGUUGAAUUCAUCCGUGCAUGCACUGUGUCUUACGGCAAGGUAAAGCUGGUUCUGAAGAAGAAUCGCUACUUUAUUGAGAGUGGAGAUGCUAACGUCCUUCGUCUUUUACUUCAAGACCCCGUUAUUGGUCCCCUUAGGGUUGAUUCUUCGCAAUCCAAGACAGAAUCUUUAAAACCACAACAAAACGCCGAAGCAGCAGCUCCUUCGGUUUCUGAAAAUCAACCUAAUGAAACUACAAGCGAAAAUGGACAGGACUCUUCCGACCUUUUGUUUUCUGCGGUUGUCGGAUUACAAGAGGAAGAGGAUGACGAAGAUGCAGUUCAUCUUUUUGAAAUUAAACACUAUUCUGUUGAAACCAUUAAGAAGAGAUGUGCUGAAAUUGAUUAUCCUUUAUUGGAGGAAUAUGAUUUUAGAAAUGACAACAUCAAUCCGGACCUACCUAUUGACUUAAAACCAAGUACUCAAAUUCGUCCUUAUCAAGAAAAGAGUUUGAGUAAGAUGUUUGGUAACGGUCGUGCUCGGAGCGGUAUUAUUGUUUUACCCUGCGGUGCUGGAAAAACAUUGGUGGGCAUUACCGCUGCUUGCACUAUCAAGAAGUCGGUUAUCGUGUUGUGUACUAGUUCUGUGUCGGUAAUGCAAUGGCGUCAACAGUUUCUCCAAUGGAGCAACAUUAAAGCAGAUCACAUUGCGGUUUUUACGGCCGACCAUAAGGAACGGUUUCACAGUGAAGCUGGUGUGGUUGUGUCCACAUAUUCGAUGGUUGCCAAUACGAGAAAUCGUUCUUAUGAUUCCCAAAAAAUGAUGGAUUUUUUGACUGGACGUGAGUGGGGUUUUAUAUUGUUAGACGAAGUGCAUGUAGUUCCUGCAGCGAUGUUUCGUCGUGUCGUUACUACGAUUGCUGCUCAUUCCAAAUUGGGAUUGACGGCUACCCUUGUUCGUGAAGAUGAUAAAAUUGAUGAUUUAAAUUUUUUGAUUGGUCCUAAAAUGUACGAAGCAAAUUGGAUGGAUCUUGCCCAAAAAGGGCAUAUUGCGAACGUACAGUGUGCAGAAGUGUGGUGUCCAAUGACUACAGAAUUUUAUAAUGAGUAUCUCAGAGAGAAUUCAAGAAAACGAAUGCUAUUGUAUAUCAUGAAUCCGAAAAAAUUUCAAGCUUGCCAGUUCCUGAUCGAUUACCACGAAAAGAGGGGUGAUAAAAUUAUCGUUUUCUCUGAUAAUGUAUACGCUUUACGUGCGUAUGCAUUAAAGUUAGGAAAGUAUUUCAUUUAUGGUGGUACGCCUCAACUAGAAAGAAUGCGUAUUUUGGAAAAUUUUCAAUAUAACGAGCUUGUAAACACUAUAUUUUUGUCAAAGGUUGGUGACACUUCAAUAGAUCUUCCUGAAGCUACAUGUCUGAUCCAGAUUUCUUCACACUAUGGUUCUCGUCGACAAGAAGCUCAACGAUUAGGUCGUAUUCUUCGUGCCAAGCGAAGAAACGAUGCGGGAUUUAAUGCUUUCUUUUAUAGUUUGGUUUCAAAGGAUACCCAAGAAAUGUUCUACUCGAGUAAAAGACAAGCAUUUUUGAUAGAUCAAGGGUAUGCGUUCAAAGUUAUUACAAAUCUUAAGGGAAUGGAGAAUUUACCAAAUUUGGCCUAUGCCUCAAAAGCUGAACGUUUGGAGCUUUUGCAAGAAGUUUUACUUCAAAACGAAGAAGCUGCUAAUUUGGACGACGGUGAUGACUCGUCUGGCUUUAGCGCUAGGGUGUCAAGAGGUCCUGCUAAAGCAAAGCGGACUGGUGGUUCUUUAAGUACGCUUGCAGGUGGUGAUAAUAUGGCAUAUGUUGAGUAUAAUAAAAGUGCAAACAAACAGCUACGGAAGGACAAUAAGGAGCAUCAUGCUCUUUUCAGAAAACAUUUAUACAAUCGAAAAAGAUAA